AUGGCGUCACCAUCCUGCCGUCUUCUUGUGUAUGCACUGGUUUUCAGCUUAAUAGCCAUUAACACGGUAGCCAAUGAUGAUCAUGAAAAGCCUCCAAGGCCACCUAAUGAUGACGAACAGCGACACUUACCAAAUAAUCAUCAAAGACCUCCAUUUCAACCAUCAAGGUCUCCUCCUCAACUAUUACGAUCACCACCACCACCACCUCCAAGUAAGAAAAAGUCCCCACCACCACCUCCAACUAAGAAAAGGUCUCCGCCGCCACCACCAUCACCACCACCUCCAAGUAAGAAAAAGUCCCCACCACCACCUCCAACUAAGAAAAGGUCUCCGCCGCCACCACCAUCACCACCACCUCCAAGUAAGAAAGAGUCCCCGCCACCCCCUCCAAAGAAGAAAAACUCUCCACCGCCACCGCCGCCACCUCCAAAUAAGAAAAAGUCUCCACCACCACCACCGUCACAACCAACAAAAUAUCCUCCUCCACCACCACCACCAACAAAAUAUCCACCGCUAUCCCCUCCUUAUACUUCUCCUAUACCCCCUCCAAACAUUCAACCAGUUCCAUCACUAUCCCCAUCCCCAUCUCCUACUCCCAUUUUAUCUCAAUCACCUCCUAAUACUUCACCAGUACCCCCUCCAAAUAUUCAACUAGUUCCAUCACUCUCUCCAUCCCCAUCUCCAGCUCCCAUUUUAUUUCCAUCACCUCCUUAUGCCUCUCAAUUCCAACUUUAG